AUGGAGGUUCCACAUAUGGAGGCAAAGAAGAGUGAAAGUCAUAUGAUAUCAGCUGCAGCAUUUGUGGAAGGGGGAAUACAAGAGGCUUGUGCUGAGGCCUGCAGCAUAUGCCUUGAGGAGUUUUGUGAAAGUGAUCCUUCAGUGGUGACUACUUGCAAGCAUGAGUUUCACCUCCACUGCAUCCUUGAAUGGUGCCAGAGAAGCUCUCAGUGCCCCAUGUGUUGGCAGGCCAUUAGCUUGAAGGAUUCUUGCAGUCAAGAGUUACUUGAGGCAGUUGAACGGGAGAGGAGCUUUAGGAAUACAUCAAGAAAUGCAACUAUAUUUCAUCAUCCCACCCUUGGCGAUUUUGAAUUUCAGCAUUUACCUGGGGGUACUAACAAUGCUGAACUUGAAGAGCGUAUAAUCCAGCACUUGGCAGCUGCUGCUUCCAUGGGAAGGGCCCACCACAAUGGUAGAAGGGAAGGCCAGAGGAGCCGGUCAUCUGCUCGUGGUCAUCCACACUUCUCGGUGUUUUCUACUCAUCCUAGUGCAUCUCCUCUUGGUCCUGUUUCUGCCCCAGGAGGGGACAGUGAACCUGCCGAAAUAACUGUAGCAAGUCCGUCUACCCCACUUACAUCUGAUGGGGAUGAAUCAUCACGAAGGAGUGCACAUUUUCCUUCUGUUCAGACUGAUGGAAUUUCGCCCUCAGCAUCUGGGUCUGUACGCAUGCACAGAAAUCGUCAAGGACUUUCCUCCAGUCACUGGAACUCUACUAGUCAAUCCUCUCCAUUGAAUCAGGACCGAGCAGGACCAUCAGACCUUCAGUCCAUUUCAGAGUCUCUGAAAUCUAAGUUUAAUUCCAUGUCAAUGAGGUACAAGGAGUCGUUUUCAAGGAGUACAAGAGGAUGGAAGGAGAGGCUGUUCUCACGUAGCACUUCUAUGUCAGAACUCAGUUCUGAAGUUCGUAGAGAGGUCAAUGCUGGAAUCGCCACUGUAUCACGUAUGAUGGAACGCCUUGAGACCAAAGAUAAUGGUAGAGCCCCCGAGGCUUCUGUAGCAAAUCAUACGGCAGAUGGUUCUGCUGCAGAUCAGAGCAACAACCCAAACAGUUUAGAGAUUCAUGGAGAAAACCGUUUGAGUGACAACAAUAGGCCUGGUACUACUUGUCCCGCAGCAAUGCAUCUGUCGUCAGCAUUUCAUAAUUUAAGGUUGAUCCACGUUAGCCAUUUCACAGGACAUGGCAUGCUGAGGAUGGGAUGCUUUGCGCUUCAGGCCGGAGUUUUAAGUAUUCGGGUAUGUGAAAUUAUCGUGAUUGUGGUCUGA